AUGCUCCCCAGAGGAGCAGAGGCCCAGGACUGGCAUUUGGACAUGCAGCUGACGGGCAAGGUGGUGCUGUCUGCCGCUGCCCUGCUCCUGCUGACUGCAGCCUACAGAUUCUACAAGUCGAGGCCUGCCCCAGCCCCUCUGGGGGGUGGGGACACCAAGGCCAAAGCUGAGGAGGAAGCGGAGGGCUCAGGACAGCCUGCCGUCCAGGGUGCUUCUCCCAGGACACUGCAAAGGGGACCAAGACACCGGAGGGUCUGCAAGGGGGCUGGAGCACUGGGCUGCAGCUGGGAGAACCCAGAAGGCCACCGUGUCCUGGCAACAGGAGCCACUUCCAGAGACAGGAAGCCCCAGAGAAAAGGCUCGGGUGAGGAGCAGGGUGGGCAGUGCCCGGACUCUGAGCGGGUGUCUCCCUGCUGCCUGGGCCAGGAAGCCGGAGCAGCUGUUGGCGGUAAGCCUGACCCUCCCUGCCACCCCCUUUUGGGCAGUGAACCCAAAAGCUCCCCAACUGGACUGGCUGCAGUGGCAGACGGCAGCUGUGUGGGUGGUGAGCCCACUCCACGGUGGGAUGGUGGGUCCCCCAAGCAGCCAGGGUCAGGGGAGCUGGAAUCCCCCCACCAGCGCUGGGUGGCCCCUGCAGACCAUAGCAGUGACAUGAACCAGAGCUGGAUCGUCAGCCGUGUGACAGGGGUCAGCAGGGAAGAGGCCAGGGCCCUGCAGGCUGCCUCUGACAUGGGCCUGGCCCUGUAUCAGCAGGAGGGAGCCUCCUAUACCUUCUCGUCUGUGGCCAGGGUCCGAAUGGAGGAAAAUUUCAUACAGAAGGUAGAAGGCACGGGGCCCAGGCUGAAGGGCAAGGUGUAUGAUUACUAUGUGGAAACCACCUCUCAGGCCAUCUCCAGGGGCAGGCUGGACCUCAGGACAGCAGCCCUGGCUGAGGCCCCAUCCCCUGGACCACUGACAAGCCCCCUGGGAACAGGGCCAGCCUCCGAUGAUACAGGAGGGGGAGCGGGAACAGCCGCCUCCCCCAGCCCUGUACCGUCCUCCUCCACACAAGGUUUCAGCAGGAAGGAAAGCCUCCUGCAGAUCGCAGAGAACCCAGAGCUUCAGUUACAGCUUGAUGGCUUCGGGGACCGUGCUCCACCCAGCCCAGACUGGGGUGCCCUGCCUGGUUCAGCCAGAAUCAGCGGGGAGCCUCACAUGCAGCACGUGGCCAGGACAAAUUUCUUCCACAUCCCACCCACCCCCGCCUCAAGCCCAGACAUCCAGCUGGAUCUGGGCAACUGCUAUGAGGUGCUGACCUUGGCCAAGAGGCAGAACCUGGAGGCCCUGAAGGAGGCAGCCUACAAGGUGAUGAGUGACAACUACCUCCAGGUACUGCGUAGCCCGGACAUCUAUGGGGGCCUGAGCGGGGCAGAACGGGAGCUGAUCCUCCGGCAACGGCUCCGGGGUCGCAAGUACCUGGUAGUGGCUGACGUGUGUCCCCAGGAAGACUCCGGCCGCCUCUGUUGUUACGAUGAUGAGCAGGAUGCCUGGCACCUGCUGGCCCGUCUGCCCCCCGAGGCCAUGUCCCGGGGCUGUGCCAUCUGCAGUCUCUUUAAUUAUCUCUUCGUGGUGUCUGGCUGCCAGGGGCCCAGACACCAGCCCUCCAACCGCGUCUUCUGCUACAACCCACUGACAAGGAUCUGGAGCGAGGUGUGCCCGCUGAACCAGGCCCGGCCGCACUGCCGGCUGGUGGCCCUGGACGGGCACCUGUACGCCAUUGGGGGAGAGUGUCUGAACACGGUUGAGUGUUACGAUCCUCGCCUGGACCGCUGGGCCUUCGCCCCGCCACUUCCCAACGACACAUUUGCCCUGGCGCACACGGCCACAGCGUGUGCCAAUGAGAUCUUUGUCACGGGUGGCACACUGCGCUACCUGCUGCUCCGCUUCUCGGCCCAGGGACAGCGUUGGUCAGUCAGCCCCACGGGGGGCAGCAAGGACCGCACGGCUGAGAUGGUGGCAGUCAAUGGCUUUCUCUACCGCUUUGACCUCAACCGCAGCCUGGGCAUUGGCGUGUACCGCUGCAGUGCCAGCACCCGGCUCUGGUAUGAGUGCACCACGUACCGGAUGCCUUACCCCGAGGCCUUCCAGUGCGCCGUGGUGGACAACCUCAUAUACUGUGUGGGGCGCCAGCACGUGCUCUGCUUCCUGGCCGACUACAUCUCGCCCAGGUUUGUGCCCAAGGAGCUGCAGAGCUUCCCGUCCCCGCAGGGCACACUCCUGCCCACCGUGCUGACCCUGCCUGCGCCUGAUGUCCCUCAGACCAGGGUCUAG